GUGGAAAUCCAACCAUGGGAGAAGGAGGAGAAGCCCCAGAAAUGUUUCCAACCCACAACUCUCCAUACCUAUUCACAAACUCAAUUCCAUCCACCUCAUUACACCCUCCUUCCUUACUCCACCAACCUCUUCCUCAACAAAUACUUCCAGACAUCGAUUGGAUUAGCUUCCUCUCCAACCCGAUUGGAUUUAUUGGAGAUCAUCAACAAACACCAUUAAAGCUCCCAGCUGUGAGUAGUACUGCCUCUGCAUCAUCAGUACUACUUGGUGGUGGUGGUCAAGGUGAAGAAGAGAAAGGUAGUAAGGAUAAGGGAAAGUUGAGCAGGACUAAUAAGAAGGCGAAUCCUCCAAGGUUUGCCUUUCAGACCAGGAGCCCCGAUGAUAUUCUUGAUGAUGGAUACCGGUGGAGGAAAUAUGGGCAGAAAGCUGUGAAGAAUAGCAUCUAUCCAAGAAGCUACUACCGGUGCACACACCAUACAUGCAAUGUGAAGAAGCAGGUUCAGCGGCUAUCGAAGGACACAAGCAUCGUUGUGACAACAUACGAAGGCAUUCACAAUCACCCAUGUGAGAAACUAAUGGAGAGCUUGAGUCCCCUACUCAAGCAGAUGCAAUUCCUGACAAGAUUUUAAGCCAAACUGGCAAAAAAAAAGAUCAUGCUUGUGCUUAUAUUAUUGACAC